UCAGGCUCAGGCAUGUUUUUACCAUCGUCUUAGAAAUACUCAAAUAGCACUAGAGGAGUAUUUCUUGAGGAACUUUCGUACAGAUGACUUCGUAAAUGAUACGCGCAACAUACAGCAUAAGAUGUACUGUUGUAUCGGCAUGAAUAUAAGGAAUAUGACGUGAAAUACGUGAAUGUGCAUUGCAUAGCAACAUUCGAAUGUGCCAACUGUGGAUUUGAUAGAUUCACAUCAUGGGCAAGAAACGAGAUAAAAUGCAGUUUGGCAGGAGGCGGAGGGUUCUUCAACUGGACCAGGAUGUAUUUAGGGAGGAAGAGAGAAACACACCAGAGACAACAUUUCGUGCACAGGAUCAACCACAGUCCAUGUUUGAUCCAGUACAGAGGAGUGAACGUGUGGUAACACCAGCAAAACCUGAGGAUGAAGAGAUGUUUAAAUUUCUACAGGAGAUACAAUCGUUAGAUGCAGAAGAGGUUGCAGGUAGUGUAGCAUCAAGUACCAUAGAAAGUGAAAGCAGCAUGGACAGCAUGGACAAUAAACUUCAACCAAAUCAUGACACCGUGGCAGCAGCCGGAAACAGCACAGAGUCUACCAGCCACGUGUCAACGAUGGAGUGGAAGCAGAUAUGGGAUGACAACGUAUGCUAUUACUACUACUGGAACACGGUGACAAACGCUGUCACCUGGGAGAUGCCGGAAGAUUACGCGAGGCACCUAGAAGCCUUUGGUUACGAUGCGGAGGGCAAUACGGCAACGACUACAACAGCAAAGGAGGAACUGGUGCCUUUAACUGGUGGCGCAGUUAAGGCCACCUUGGACAUUGACAACACAGCGGGGACCGCUGUGCCAGCAAGCGAGUUGGCACAGCCACUAGACAUAAUAGCGCCACCACCUCCGCCGCCUCCCGAAGAUGACAACGAGACAGCCGAGCAGUCCGCAGCUCUGGUUGUGGACUCUUACCGUUCCCCGUACCGUGAGCCGAACCUCGCUGUGGGGCCGCAAUCUCCAAAGCAGUCGGGUUCGUCGACGAUGGAGGUGGUAGGGGCCAAGCGUCCGCUCACGCUGCCUGCCUGCAAGAAGACGAAUAUCAAGCGUCUGAAGCGGCAUUGCCAGCAGGAGGAGGAGGAGCCGAUUGGCGCACUAGAGAAGGUGUUUCGUGGCGAGGCCAACACCUCCUCCCUCGACUCGCUCUCCCUGCCCAAGCUGCAGGUGAAGUGGAAGACGGAGGAGCGGACGGCGGCGCAGAAGCGAAAGCUGGCGGCGUUUAUCGAGUCUCAGCGCUCUCACGCUGACACUGACCCCGCGUCAGAGUGCGCAGAUGGCCGCACAAAGGAUGAAGGUCAGGCAAGAUCCACGAGCGUGAUCUUACCAAUAAGGGAAGCGCAUUCGCUUAAAUCUCCGACAGGUGCUAACGUCGAUGCGAGGCUGGGUGAUGAGUCAGAUCAACAAUCUUCUGUUGAGGAGCGUGAGUGCGUGGAGACGUCGCUACCCUUGGGUAGAGUCCCAGUACUUUCGCCUGAUGAAUAUGAUGUUUCGGCACACCUGCCAACUUCUGCACAGUUAUCUGACUCGAAUUUCCCAUUUAAAAGCCCACACACGGCGGUGGAUGGUUCUGUGGUGCCAGUGGAAGGUCCUCAGUUACCAGUGGAGGGACCCCAAUUGCCAGUGGUAGGUCCGCAGUUACCAGUGGAGGGACCCCAAUUGCCAGUGGUAGGUCCGCAGUUACCAGUGGAGGGACCCCAAUUGCCAGUGGUAGGUCCGCAGUUACCAGUGGAGGGACCCCAAUUGCCAGUGGUAGGUCCUCAGUUACCAGUGGAUGGACCCCAAUUGCCAGUGGUAGGUCAUCAGUUGCCAGCGGAGGGACCGCAAUUGCCAGUGAUAGGUCCGCAGUUACCAGUGGAGGGACCCCAAUUGCCAGUGAUAGGUCCUCAGUUGCCAGUGGAGGGACCCCAAUUGCCAGUGAUAGGUCCUCAUUUGUCAGUCGAAGGCCCCCAAUUGCCAGUGAUAGGUCCUCAUUUGUCAGUCGAAGGCCCCCAAUUGCCAGUGCAAGAAGGAUCAGAGUUGGCAGUGGAAGGUCCUGAGUUACCACCGAAAGAGGCAGACGAACCAACUGAUAAUGACAGUCAUCUCACCCUUGAUCAUGGCUCACGUUCAUCGUCAGCUAGUCCUGAUGAGAAUGAUGAUGAUAUCAACGGCAAACCACUGCUUUCUGAUGACGAUGAGGAUGGAUUUGGAGAGGAGGAACUAGAGCGACAAUUGAUAGAAAACUUGCAUGUACUACAGAAACUAGAACAAGAAGAGAAGAUCAAAGGCACAUCAACUGAGAAGGAGGACGGUGGCAGAGAAUCUGAGGAGAAACCUGCCCCAGCAACGACUGAGCAAGCAUUGACAGAAGAAGAUCACAUUGAUGACAUAAAGGUUGAAGUUGCAGACUUGUCAAGCACUAUCACAAGUAAACUGGAAUUCUUGGAGAUUUCUACGCAGGGACUAACCCAGCUACAGAUCCUCCUUAUUCAAACUCAGGCACGGUUGCAGGACUGGCGGGAGGGUGGCCUGAAAACGGCUCACUUCUGGUGUCGUUUACAAGACGCCAGCCAGCAGCUAGAGCAGUACGAACAGUUGGCGGCGCCCCCUGGCUGGUCGUGCCACUGGGACAGGAUUUACAAACGCUAUUUCUAUGUGAACGAGAUCACGGGCGAGUCACAGUGGGUUUACCCAUGCCUCGACGACGACGACGACGACGUCAGUACAGAGCACGCGACUACGAAAGAACCAGUGAUGCCACCUGCCGAGAACACAGAACCGUUGAUGCCUGAGCAAUCGUCGUCACGCAACGAGGGAGAGGCAGUGAGUGCAGGAGCACAGAAAGAGGACGCCGACGUUCAACAGGUGUGCACUUUGCGGGCGAGCGGACGAGAAUGCGAGAGUCCACUCACGAGCGAUGAAGACUCUCUCGACGGUCAGCCGCUGCAAGAGGAAGCGUCAGCUCCCGGCGACGGGGAGCAUGAGAGGAAGCCUGCGAGUGAGGAAGCGGUCGUCUCCAUAGCAACGGUGAAGCCCGAGGCAGAAUCAGUGAAAGAGGCAGAGUUGAACUCGAGAGCUGUCGAGGCAACUUCUUUUGUGCAACCAAGCGAUGAGAGCAACGACUACAAUGAUGAACCUCUUCCACCCGGGACAGAGCCGGUUGCACUGAGACCUCUGGUACCGUACGGUGUUGAUGCAUCGAUGGACGACUCUGAACCACCACCACCCCCACUCUCACCACCAAGUGUCCCACCCCCUCCUCCCGAUGAUCCCAUCCCUCCUCCCCCACCCGAGCCAGCGAUGCCACGCUCCCCACCCCCACCACCGCCCCCGGACGAUGGUGGAGAGUUUUCAGAUGGUAUCGAUAUGGAAAUUGACGAGAGUUCUGAUGAGGAACACAACAGGAUACAGACGGGAAUGCCCCCGCUUCCUCCUCCUCCAUUGCCCUCAUUCUCAUCUGAGUCAUUCAGUGUGCAACCCCCUGCACCUCCCAUCUCCUUAUCAGCUCAACCACAAUUGCUACCGUCGUCACUACUCCAGGAGUUUCCAAAAGCCCAUCUCCAAACAUCUAUUUCAGAACCACACAUAGCAGCAGCACCAACCAUAAUUUGUCCGCCCAAACCCCCGGCCACGCCCUACAUAUCAGUUCUGCCCGUGGUCAGCAAGCCACCAGAGCUUCAUUUCGGAGCGGCGUCAUCUGCUGGUAAUCUUCCCGCUGAGCCGCCGCCGUUAACUGCUACAGAGGCAUUGACCAGUAGUGGCAAACCGUCGGUGUUGACACUUGGGCAGACAGGGAAGUCCACGAAAGAGAGGAAGAAAAAGAAGGCAAAGACCGAGAAGUCUUUGAAGAAGAAGGGUCUGUCACAGCUAGUGCAGAAGUGGCAGAAGGUGCGAGAAGAAGAAGGCGAAUCUAGUGAAGAGGAAGAUGCAAACCCGGUUCAAAAGUGGAUAGAAGACUGGAAGAAAAAACAGUUAGCAAGCGGAGAAGCAGAGAACAACCCUAACUUUGAGGCAGUUGGCAUGGAUUGGAAAGAGAGAGUGCGGUUAGCACAGUCAAAAGCAAACACGACGUCCGAUGACAAGCCUAAUCUGUUGGCACUUGCACUGCAGCAGAAGAAGUAGUGCUGUAUACUGUGUGGGUCGGUGAAACCUCUGUGGUCAAGUCAGGGACAGUCGACGCACCGACUCCACUGUAAAGACUGUGCCGGCACGUCAAGGGCAAUGUCAUCUUGCUUUAUCGCGCAUUUAUGUAUAUUUGAGUACAUAGACAUCAGAUCUUUUUGGGUGGUGUUACAUGAUGGUCUUGGCAUGAUGUGGCCCAGGUGUCAGACAGCAAUUUCUGGCAUUACUAACUGCGAGAUCCUUAGCUAUUGGAUCGCGUUACAUGUAUUUAUAUAUUAAUGUCGUAAUAGUGACAACAAAACACCCAACAAGAUAGCGACUGCUUUCCGUGUACCUCCAGUCCAAACUAGUUCUAUCGAUUGGUUAGACUAGCCAGCAGCUUUUAGAAAUACAUCAGGAGCACUGUGACAGUUAUCUAACAGAAGUGUGGAAGCCCCGGUUGGUAUUCGUAAUUCUUCAGCACAGGUAGUUUGCCAUUUAAUCAGCCUUAUGAUAGAUGUACGGAAAGCUUGAAUUGUAUUGCUCGUAAAAUUUUGAUGGCAAUCUGUACAUAGUUUUUGCCAUGUUAAAGUAAAUGACACGUACUUUUAUUUGACGUAUUUGAUUUUGUGUAUUAUCUACAAUGAUUAAGGCACUAUCUGGGAAUAAGAAAUCCAUUAAUUUAUUCUGUACUGGUAGUGCAAGCUUGUAAAAAACCAUAGCAAUGCAAAAUAAGCACAUAAUAACAUCAAUCAGUUUUCCAAUUUA